AUGGCCGCGCGCCGCGCCGCCGCCCUCGCCUGCUCGCUGCUGCUGCUGUCCGCCGCGCUGCUCCGCCGCGGCUGCCGGGCGCGCUUCGCCGCCGAGCCCGACUCGGAGCCCGACCGGGCGGAGGCGGCGGUGUUCCCCGAGUCGCCGGUGCAGAGACCCACGGUGCUCGUGGCCGUCCUGGCCCGCAACGCCGCGCACGCGCUGCCUCCCUUCCUCGGCUGCCUGGAGCGGCUGGACUACCCCAAGGGCAGGAUGGCCAUCUGGGCAGCCACUGAUCACAAUGUGGAUAAUACAACAGAAAUACUCAGGGAGUGGUUGAAAAAUGUACAGAGAUUCUAUCACUAUGUGGAGUGGAGGCCUAUGGAUGAACCAGAAUCUUACCCUGAUGAAAUUGGACCAAAGCAUUGGCCAGGCUCCCGGUUUGCCCAUGUGAUGAAACUACGGCAGGCAGCCCUUCGAACUGCGAGGGAAAAAUGGUCAGACUACAUUCUGUUCAUAGAUGUGGACAACUUCCUGACUAAUCCACAGACCCUCAAUCUAAUGAUUGCAGAAAACAAAACCAUCGUGGCACCCAUGCUGGAGUCUCGGGGCCUGUACUCUAAUUUCUGGUGCGGAAUCACACCUCAGGGCUUCUAUAAAAGGACCCCAGACUACGUUCAGAUUAGAGAAUGGAAGAGGCUGGGCUGCUUUCCUGUCCCCAUGGUUCACUCCACCUUCCUGAUUGACCUCAGGAAGGAAGCGUCUGACAAGCUGAUGUUCUAUCCGCCACACCAGGACUAUACCUGGACCUUUGAUGACAUCAUCGUCUUUGCCUUCUCUAGCAGGCAAGCAGGCAUCCAGAUGUACCUCUGCAACAGAGAACACUAUGGCUACCUGCCCAUCCCCCUGAAGCCCCAUCAGACCCUGCAGGAGGACAUCGAGAACUUCAUCCAUGUGCAGAUAGAAGCAAUGAUUGACGGUCCUCCAGUGGAACCCUCUCAGUUUGUUUCAAGUGUCCCAAAAUAUCCAGACAAGAUGGGAUUUGACGAGAUCUUCAUGAUCAACCUGAAGCGCAGAAAGGACAGGCGGGACCGGAUGUUACGCACCCUGUAUGAGCAGGAGAUUGAUGUCAAGAUUGUCGAGGCCGUGGAUGGAAAGGCACUCAACACAAGCCAGCUGAAGGCCCUGAAUAUUGAAAUGCUACCUGGAUAUCGAGAUCCCUACUCCUCCAGACCUCUAACUAGGGGUGAAAUCGGCUGCUUUCUCAGCCACUACUCUGUCUGGAAAGAGGUAAUUGACCGGGAGCUGGAGAAGACUCUUGUCAUUGAGGACGACGUGCGCUUUGAACAUCAGUUUAAGAAGAAGCUGAUGAAGCUGAUGGAUGACAUCGACCAGGCUCAGCUGGAUUGGGAACUGAUCUACAUCGGUAGGAAGAGGAUGCAGGUGAAGGAGCCAGAGAAAGCGGUGCCCAACGUGGGAAAUCUGGUCGAAGCCGACUACUCCUACUGGACUCUGGGCUAUGUCAUCUCUCUGGAAGGAGCACAGAAACUGGUUGGAGCCGAUCCUUUUGGGAAGAUGCUGCCAGUGGACGAGUUCCUGCCAAUCAUGUACAACAAGCAUCCUGUAGCUGAGUACAAGGAGUAUUAUGAAUCCAGGGACCUAAAAGCCUUCUCUGCCGAACCCUUGCUCAUCUACCCCACACACUACACGGGCCAGCCGGGGUAUCUGAGUGACACAGAGACCUCGACCAUCUGGGACAAUGAGACAGUGGCCACCGAUUGGGAUAGGACCCAUUCCUGGAAGUCCCGGAAGCAAAGUCACAUCCACCGCAAUGCCAAAAACACAGAGGCCCUGCCGUCGCCAACCUCCGUGGACACUGUGCCUUCGAAGGAUGAGCUAUGAAGCCUCCAUGGAGGGAUUCACCACCCUUGAUUUUUCUAACAGGCUAUUCAUCUGUUUGCUCCAGUUUCUUUUAGUGUCCCCCGUUAUCUAAUCAAAGUGGUCUACUGUGAUUGAGCAAAAUUAAUAUAUUCUUGACAGGGGAGGAUAAGAAGGAAACUUAACCCAAAUUUCCUAGGAUGGCUAGAAGAUCAAUUUCCUGGCAACCAUCGAGACAAACCCCAAUCCAGAUACCUAGCCCCUCAGUGUAUUAUCCAUAUGCUACUGCUUCCCACAUUAAGAAUGAACAGUAUGGCCCAGACACUCACCCCUGAGGAAGGUAGUCACAUCUGUAAGUGGGCAGGCAAGGCAGCCGAGCCAACCGGAUCACAUCCAUUGGUCUCAUGGGCCUGUUUUCUAUCAUAAGUGUGACCUUGAAAACUUGUGCACCUAACAAGUUUAUAGGUCAGGGGGACCAGAUCAUUUAAGAUCAAAUUAAUUUGGGCUUCGGUUUAAAGGAAUUCUGUGAUGAGCCGAAGUGAGCUGUUCAUCAUAGUCCUCGUUAUCCAAUAGGGAUGAGUAUUUGGGUCUGUCUGAGACUUGGCCUUUGACUAUCAUGGCGAUUGAAGCUCUCAUCAUGAGGCAUCAAGUUUGCCAUGUGGGUAGAGUUUAGUAGAUAUUUGAAGGUUUGUGUAGAUAUUUGAGGAAAAAAGAACUCAGACUUUGGCCUUUUACUGUGGUCACUCGAGUUCAGAUGCUCUAUUUAUGAAGAGAAAUUUAAUAUAUAAGGGGGUUCGGGCCGGUGUCGAACUUCUGUCCCAGGGGUCACUGUGCCUCUGUGGCCUGCCACACUCUCCCCUUCACGCCUGAGGCUGGGCGUGAAUUGUGAGUGUGAGUUUUAUGAGUCACUGCUAAGAGGCAGAGCGCAUUUUCAGGCCAGCAACUGCCCUUGCCUGGAUCUUUCAUUCUAUUUUGAAUUAUUUAUUCUACAAAAUGUGGGGGAAAUAUCUGUAGGAUUGGGCAGAGAAACAGAUUCUUCAAGCUUUCCUAGCACCGUGGGGAGUAGUGAGUGUGAGAUCUGGUUCUCUUGCAUUUCCCAGCCUGGCUCUUUCAGGGAGGCCUGUUGAGUGGGAGAGUCUCACCAUCUGGAAACAAAUGCUCUUCCAUUUCGGAUGACAGACCUUGCUCAGAAAUAAUGGACCGAUCAACUGAUUGAGGCCAACAACCAGGGAAACUCUCGGAGCCAGCAUCCCGGGCAGAGGACCUCUCUGCUUUCCUCAUAGAUUGAUUUUCCGGAAGGUGCAGUGUUGGGCUACCUUCUGUGCCAAUUCCACAAUCUGUGAUGCUCAAGAUCUCUCAUGAUGCUUCGCCUCAGGUUUGUGUUCGCCCGCCUGCAAGCAGUAAAAUUCUGCCUCCAGAAAUACCCUCCCCACACACUCCUCCCCGGGCUUCAUGCCUUGGAGCAGAGCUCCCGGGCAGGGUUGCUGGGUAAACCCAGCCCCGCUCCCUGGUGACACCCCCAGGCCGCAGGACAGCAAGGCCCCUCGCCUUCCACACCACACCAGCCUUGGCUUCCUUCUUGACUCACUGUCCAUAUUCUUCCACAUUGACUGGGAGGCAGGGAGGCUGAGGAAGGGGAUCUCAGCCCACUUCAGUCUUUACUGCUUAGAUAUACCUGUAAGAGCCUCUUUUUCUUUUCUAAAAAAAAAAAAAAAAAAAAAAAAAAAAAGAGCAUCUGGGGAGCUAGUGAAAAACCCUUAGGUGAUCUCCAAGGUUUCUUUGGGUAUUUUGAAUUUUGUUUGCAUAUUUGAGUGUGUGCAAGUGUGCCUGACUUUCAUGAUGUAUUUUUUUUUAAUAGGGUCGGAGGUGGUCGGGAGGUUGCGGGUGGAGAAAGAUUGAAUUGACUUUUGUGUGGUUUUGUUUAGUGGAGAAUUUUUUUUUCCCUUUUACUGUCAGCUGGUCUGAUGGGUUUAUGAAUUCUCAUUCUUAAAAGAUAUUGGUCUUAAAUUCUAGAAUUUUAGAUUAGGACUGUUCUACUGUGAAUAAAGUUCUGGCUCCAUUAGCCCAGCCUUUGCUUCCCCCUGCUUGGGUCUGGGAUCUCAAGCAGCGCUGUUUUGUUGUGAACAUUGUGCUCUGCACACCCGCGUUUGUUUUUAAAAAGCCGUCUCUUCAACAAUCCAGGGGUUCCUUGACCUCAUUUACUUCCUGUCUCCACUCUAGUCUUAAGUCGUGACAUUUGCCCUUAGCAGUGUCAGUGGCCUUAUCUCCGGCUGUGGCACCUGCUCUUUGCCUCUGGAAGUUAAACCCUGUCUGGAACCCCCACCUGGAUCCAUCUCUGGAUCUUGGGAUCCAAGGUGGGACCUUCUGGACGAUGAGCUUGACUUUAGCAGUGCUGGUGCUGCUGAGCGUGGACUGAGCACCUAGGACUUGCAGAGGCCACACUGCAUGGGCCCUGCUUUGGGUUCCCUGGGGCGUGCUGCAGGAACUCUGGAGGACAGGAAAGAGCCGGCAUCGCAGCAUCCUACACUGUCUAUCGUGCUGUGUCAUUUCAGGCGGAGAAAUGAUAAACUACUUGCCUUCUAGAGAUCUUUGUGAAAAAUUAAAAAAAAAUAGCUCAACAUUGUGAUUGUUCACUGGUUCCGCCAACAUUGACCACUGGCCAGUGCAGUGGAGCUUCCAGGUCUGCACUGGGCCGAGGAUGUCGGAGGCCAUGGGUGCUGCUCACCCCCACAGCGAACAAGAAAGGGUGGUCGCCAAUCUUCCUGUCCAGUGGGAGUUGUUUUAGCCUGCUGGGUGGAGGUGGGUAAGUGGAAUCAUUUUCUGGGCUACGGAAAAUCAGGAGCCCCAGUGGGAGGGUGGCAAGGAAAGGCCCAUCUUGUAUUGUUGUGCUAUAGGUGAGACUCACCAUUCAUUGAGAGAUGCUGUCCAAGACUAUAGGACUGUAUCCUGGGAGAAAAAAAAAAAGGAGUGAGAGAGAAUCCAUGUUGGCCUCUGUGACCCCUUGAAUUUCAGAUCAAGCCUCCCCCCAACCAGAUGGGAGCAUGGCCCUAUUUCAGGUCCUGUGCUGGACACUAAGAUGCUCAGAGGAUGAGGGAAGUUCCCCACUGCUGGAGGCUCCACAGUCCAGGGGAGCAGCCAUCCAAGCAGGAAGGCUUUGUUUCAGGGACAGGAACAAAAUGGGCUACAGGACCUCAGAGAACCCGGUUCUGCUGAGGAAGACUGAUGGGCAGCUUUGUUGGGAAGGUGGCCGGGAAGGUGACAGUUGUGUUGGCUUUGGGGACAUGAAUGAGCCUUCAAAAGAAGGAGGAGGGUUGAGUAUGGUGGGUGGGGAUGCUUUCUAGGCACUGAGAAGGGGCUGGGAAGGGGCCUGCUGGGGAGUGAUGGGGGCCUGGAGGUUCUGAGAAGUCAGGGUUGUGUUGGGGUUGGUGACAGGAAACAAGAUUGAGACCCGAUCACAAUGACAAGGUAAGUCAGCUACCCUUCCUCCCUGGGUUAUCACCUGUCACGAAUGAAGAGAACUUGGUUUCUGGGAGAAUUCUUGGUUACUUUCCUGACAGAUAUGCGGAGGUUUCCAGUAAAACACUGGUGUCUAAAACAAGAGAAGUUCCCCUUCAGCUACAAACUCGAGGAUCUUUUUCCCUAAUGGUGAAAUAAAGUGUAAAAUAAAGAGAAGUCUUCCCAAAAGGCUUCUACAAUGUGCUUUCGAGACAUUCUCCCCCAAGUAAACAGAGUGGGAGAGAAACGAUCCAGAAGUGAUAGCUACGAGCGGG